AUGGCUGCUGGCAUGGGACAGGACGUCUGCAUUCAAGCAGCGCGGUUCUCUGACUAUUUCCAGCACGUGGUGGCUCCAAAGCUCCAGCUGAGCCCCUCCGCAGCAAAGGGUUCCAGCAAACGUCCUUCAUUGGACGGAACUGGGUCAGGUGCCCACGCCUGGACCAAUCACCGUGGCCAGGAGAGCAGAAGACAGGGAUUGGCCAGAUUGGAGUCACGUGCCGACUGGUCGCUGGAAAGCGGGGUGAGCCCCAGCCAAGCCAUCGGCUUAGUGUGA